CCUCGCAUGUAAUAUGCCAAACCCACCAUAACCUAUCUAUCUAUUGCUCCCUGAUCGCUAUCCAUCCAGUCAUGCCCAAGAUCGCUCUCGGAACCUCUCGGGAGGCUACCCAGCCCGACUGCCUUCAGGCCCUCGUCAUCGAGUUCAUUACCACCUUCCUCUUUGUCUUCGCCGGUGUCGGUUCUGCCAUGGCUGCCGAAAAGCUAGGAGCAGACGCUUUGGUAGGGCUGUUUGCCGUGGCCAUGGCACAUGCACUUGUGGUCGCCACCAUGAUAUCGGCUGGCCACAUUUCCGGCGGCCACCUCAAUCCAGCCGUGACGAUCGGCCUCCUCGUGGGCGGCCACAUCACCCUCUUCCGUUCCAUCCUUUAUUGGAUCGAUCAAUUACUCGCAUCGGCCCUUGCCUGUUAUCUUCUUCACUACCUCUCCGGCGGACUGCCAACCCCGGUGCACACGCUGGCGAGUGGAGUGGGGUACGCUCAGGGAGUGCUAUGGGAGGUCAUCCUAACAUUUUCAUUGCUGUUCUCCGUGUAUGCAACGAUGGUGGAUCCGAAAAAGGGAGCCAUUGAUGGGCAUGGGCCCACCCUGGUUGGGUUUGUUGUGGGCGCUAAUAUCCUGGCCGGAGGGGCCUUCUCCGCCGCUUCUAUGAACCCAGCAAGGUCCUUUGGGCCUGCUCUGGUCAGCGGCAAUUGGGCCGAUCAUUGGGUUUACUGGGUCGGCCCACUCAUUGGGGGUGCCUUUGCUGGCUUCAUCUACGAGACCUUUUUCAUCAACAGAUCCCAUGCCCUUCUUCCUCGAGAUGAAGAAAACCGCUAGCAAGCUAGCUGUAUUUAUUUCCUAGCUUGUCUAGCUCUCCAUCUCUCAUAGUGCAUUAUUAAUUAGACCAUGAGCUUGUCUUAUGUAUUCAUGUAAUUUUGUGUGUGUAUGUGUGUGUGCCUGUGUGGUGUUGUUGGUGGUGAACACCAAUGUAAUGUAGUCCUCAAAUUAAAUGCAUGUGUUAAGUUGA